AGUAAAUGCAAAAGCUAUUUUCAAACAUAGAAAACCACAACAAAUUUUCUAAUUUCUCCAAAUUGAUGCAUCUUUCCCCAGAAAAAGGUCCAAAAUCACUCAUAUAAGCUAUCAUCAUCUUACUGAAGACAAAUUCUUUAGUUAUAAGAUAGCAAAAAAUGUUUUUCAACUCAACUAAGAAACCAAAGGUGGCAACCUUGCCAACCAUCCUUGAAUGUUACAAAGUCGUUAUGUGAUCAAAAGAAUGAGAGUAUCUCAUUGGUUUUCCAUAAGAAAUAUUAGUUUAAAGUUAAACAGAAGAUCCUACUCCAACUUGCAUCAUUGCUCACAUCACCUCCCUUAUGAUCUUGGCCUUCCAAUUAUGGAUUAAUUAAAUACUUUUUAAUUGUCUAUUUCAUUUUAACUGUUGUUUUAACAAUUCCUUUCUCCUUAUUGGCAUCUGUAGACCCACUCAUAGCAUCAUUUACCCUCUCAACAUUCCAAAGAAGACCUAACAUUUCUACAUCUCCCUCCUUUGCAAAUCAAAUCCUCAGCUUCCUUUCCCUUUAUAUAGAUAUACUUUCCUUUAACUUAUUAGCUUCCAUUACCACUGCUCUCUCUCUCUCUCUCUCUCUCAAUUCCGGUUCUCUUCUCUCUCUCCCCAUGCACUCUGCCUACAUGAUGAAGUAAAUUCUGGUUUUCUUUAGUCUAUUGUUCUGUCGUCCUCUGUUCAAGGUCAUGCAGCUAAGUUUGCAGCAAACACCAUCCUAUAGAGCAGAUCGGACGAUGAGAACAUGCUAGCUGACUCUGACACAACAUCAGAACUCUCAGCCGACAUACAAAAUUUUUCAUUAUUUAUUAGCUCAUGGAAUGUUGGAGGCAUUGCACCACCUAACGACUUAAAUAUGGAGGGCUUGCUUGAUACACGAAACAACUUGGCUGAUAUUUAUGUUCUCGGGUUUCAAGAAAUUGUACCUCUGAAUGCUGGAAGUGUUAUAGUGCCGGAGAACACAAUUUUAUGCAUGCAAUGGAAUUCUCUUAUUAGAACAGCUCUGAACAAGAUAGCUGUCAAUAACAUCACCCUUCAGAAGGUAGAGGAAGAAGAAAAUCAAAAGGUUUACCCACUAAACAAAGAGAGUUCCUCACAUUUUGAAUGUAUAAUUAGCAAGCAAAUGGUGGGAGUUUUUAUUACCAUAUGGGCGAGGUCUCCACUCCUUCCAUUUAUCAGGCAUACAAGUGUCUCCUCUGUAGGCUGUGGUAUAUUUGGCUACCUCGGAAACAAGGGUUCAGUGUCGGUUAGAUUUUGCUUGCAUGAAACAAGCUUCUGCUUUGUGUGUAGUCACUUAGCUUCCGGAGGAAAAGAAGGAGAUGAGAGACAGAGAAAUGCAGAUGCCUCCCAAAUACUAUCACGCACAAGAUUUCCUUGUGACUCAUUUCAUCAUUUGCCAAGAAAAAUUCUACAGCACGAUAGGGUGAUUUGGCUAGGAGACCUGAAUUAUAGGAUUUACUUACCUGAAGCCAUAACAAGAUCUUUAGUCAACGACAGGCAGUGGAGCAUCUUAUUACAAAAGGAUCAGCUGAAGGCCGAGCUAAGAGAAGGCUGUAUUUUCAAAGGUUGGCAAGAGGAAGAAAUUGAGUUUGCACCAACAUACAAAUAUUAUCCAGAUUCUGAUGAUUAUUAUGGCUGCAAUCAGAACGGGAGAAGGGGAAAGAAUCGAGCCCCAGCUUGGUGUGACCGGAUUAUAUGGUUUGGCAAGGGACUGAAGCAAAGCCAGUAUAAUAGAGGUGAGUUUAGAUUGUCAGACCACAGACCAGUUCGGGCAACUUUCACGGCAGAGGUCAAGGUUCUAUCACCAUUAUAUUAGAGGACUUAGAAGGCCUUGCAAAACAAUUUUGAAAUCUUUGUGAAGCAGUUCUAAAUUUCUAGUAAUGGCAAUAGUGACAGAUUAUCGUGUA